UCUAUAUCUGCAUCGGCUGCAGCAGCCUGUAAGUUUCCUCUCUCCAAUUCUUUCUGCCAUUUCUGGACUCCCUUUCUGCAUCCUUGGUUCCGGCAGCUGUAUUUUCAAUUUAGAUUUGAUCAGUUGAACAUUUGCAGGAGGAAGGGAAGAUGUUUUCGAGUUUCACAAGAAGGACACAAACCAAAGAUGAGGGACCAUUGUUAAAGAAUGGAAGCAUGUUAUUGGAAAAGCUUAUUGCCUCUUGUAAUGGUAAAUGUAAUCCUAUUCGUACUUUCUCCGCUGAGGAAUUGAGCAAAGCAACGAACGGUUUCAAUGUUGAACAAGAAAUUUCAAGGUAUGUUCAUUUCGUGUUAUACAAAGGUUUUCUGGACGGCCGUGAAAUUUCUGUUAAAAGGUAUGAAAUUAGGGAAAGUAAAUAUCUUGAAACGGCUAUUACAGAUAUUGUUAUUGGCUCACAGAUGAGUGUUCAUAAGAAUGUUCUAAAGCUCAUUGGAUGCUGCUUAGAGACUCAAAAUCCACUUCUUGUUUAUGAAUUUGCUGGUGAAAAAACUCUCAAGAAAUAUAUCUUGGAUGUUCAUGAGGGGCAGACUAAGCCCUUAACAUGGAAAUCUAGAAUAAGAAUCGCAAUGGAUAUUGCUAAUGCAGUUGCAUAUCUCCAUACUGCUUUAUCCAGACCCAUUAUUCACCGAGGUCUUUCACUGAUAUCAAUCGUAUUGGAUUCAAAGUAUGUUGCUAAGCUUAGUGAGUUCUCACUCUCCAUAGCCAUUCCAGAGGGCAAAUCCCAUGUGGAAGAUGCUAUCUCAGGGAUAACGGGGUAUAUGGCACCAGAAGUUUGGAAAGGUUCAAAAAUAAAUGAAAAGGCUGAUGUUUAUAGUUUUGGCAGACUCUUGUUUGAGCUUUUGACAGGAAGAAACAAUGUUCCUGAAUAUUAUGCUGCAGAGGAUGCCAUUGUAGAAGAAUUUGUGCAGUCCUAUGUUGAAAGCAAUCGGUUAAUUGAAAUUGUGGAUCAAAAUAUUUCAAGUGAAGGAAUCAAUCGUGAUGAAUUGGUAGCUUUUGCAAAGAUAGCACUUAGUUGCACUGAGGAAAAUCCAGAAGACCGGCCAACGAUAACUGAUGUUGCAAAACAGCUAAGGCAACUUCAUAAAGCUUCUCCAUGUAUUACAUAGAUACAUUGAUUGAUGUUUAGCUUAAUAGCUGAACAACUUCAUAGAGAAAAUCACAAUGAAUUCUCAGCAGCUACUGUAGCAAUACUUGUUUUCAAUCUGUUGUAGGACAAAAAGUCAUGCAAUUACUGUAGAGAAAGGAAUAAACUGCUGCAGAUUUUCAUUGCAUCAAAUUUGGUUCAAUCUGGAAGAUGAUUUCUCUGAGUAAUUGGAUCUUGAUUUACUACUCAAACUUGCCAGAUAUGUGACAACCAUCAAGGCAGGAGAACCUUGUCACUUGGGCGAGGCCAAUUCUGAGAGACAAAGACCGGUUGUAAGAGCUUGCUGAUCUAAGGCUUGGAGGGAAGUCCCCGAAGGAAGAUUAAUUUUAUACUGGUUUGCACAACUGCAGCUGCUUGUAUUGCUCCUGAGGCAAGUCCAAGGCCCACAAUGGAUGGAGUGGUUCAAUCAUUAAAAAUGGUGCAACGUGUUACAGAAUAUCAGGAUUCAAUGUUAACCAUUUCCAUCAACCAGCCCAACCAGAGAUAGUCCUCCACUACUUCUGAGUCUGAUGAGAUAUCGUCAAUGUUCUCUUCGGGUCCUCACUCUGGUCUAAGUGCCUUUGACAAUGACAACUUCUCGCGGACAGUAGUUUCCUCUGAAGAUCUUCAUGAAGGACGAUGAAGACUUUGAAGAGAGAUAUAAUCAACUGGAAGCCUUGCUUCAGUUGGAAGCUUAUCACAACCCAAAACACCAAUGAGAAAUUUUCUCAAUAGGAAGUGGUAAAUUUGAAAUAGGAUUUUCAAAGGUGUCAUAGAUUUUGUGAUUUGGAUAGAUGGUGAUGGGUGCUUCUUGUUGUCCCAAUUGUUGCUAAGUUUUCCCCCAUGCAGUGGUUGAUGAAAUUUUGACCAUAUGCCUUGUAGUUUGUUCAAUUGCAUUAGCUUUCGAUUUCAAGGGUUUAUAUUAAACUUUUCUUUAUGGGUUCAAAAAACAAAUUCUGCAUGGAUUGGGCUUUAAUUCCUUUCUGUAAUGACAGGAACAUCCCACUCACUAAUUUGGAGCCUAAUAAAUAAUUGCAAUGCUUGAUUUAAAUUUAA